AUGGCUUCCGAGCCACCCCCCGAAAACGACAUGGACCCCAUACGCCUCACGGGUGCGCAAGAAACGCUUCUAAUUACCCUGUAUGGGAGAUGGCAAGACUUCUACUCGCCCAGGCCGCUCCUCGCUGAUCGCUGGUCCGCAGACGUCAUGGCACGAAUUCUGGACAAGAUGGCCGAAACACGCCAUCGAAUGAGGGGAGUGCUAUCGGGACUGCCAUUCAUCGUCUUGCGCGCCCGUCUCUUGGACGAAUGGGCCGCCGACUUCUUGGCCAACAAUGAGCGCGCAACCGUCGUCCAUCUUGCCUGCGGCCUGGACACGCGCGCCUUGCGCCUGUGCGACAAGUGUGGCGACGGGGUGACAUGGAUCGAUGUCGACUUUCCAGACGUAAUCGACCUGCGGCGCCGCAUCGAGAUACCAGAGCCGGCGUCCAAGACCGACGGGUACACGUACGAAAUGCUCGCGUCCUCCGUCGUCGAGCCGGAAUGGCUGGCCAAGUUGCCGAUAGGAAACCCUACGCUCGUCAUCUUCGAAGGCCUGACAAUGUACUUGUCGCCCGAGGACGGCCAACUCUUGAUCAAGCGGCUGAUGGACCGCUUCGGCUCCGGCCAGAUGAUUUUCGACAGCAUGCCGAGGUCAUCUCGAUUUUUACUAAAUGCCUUUCUCUGGCUCAAGGGACACUGGAACUUUACCUUUAACUGGGCCAUUGACGACCCCAGAAGCCUGCAGGAGUUGCAUCCCGGCUUGGAGCUGUUGACCUUGGUUCGUAUGUGGGACAUGCCUGGCCAUGAGCAUUUGGCUUGGUGGUUGCGUCUCUCGGCCUUUGUCGCUUCUUGGAUUCCGAUCCUGAGGAGCCCAAUGCAAUUGACGAGAUUCCAGUUCUAA